AUGAAUUCUGAUGGGGCUCUGCUCUGGUGUAGCGCAGGUGAGAACCGAAAGUCAUCUUCACCGGAGAAGGAGGAAAGGUACUACACCACAAGAGGAUCAGUGGGUGUGGAUGGGAGUUGUAAUGGCAACGGGAAUGGGAAGGUUAUGAUGGACGGAAACAGUGUUGAGGACCGGGGGCUUGUUUGGCCGAAACUGUACGUCAGUUUGUCGAGCAAAGAGAAAGAAGAGGACUUUUUGGCUAUAAGGUUGGUGAGUCCCGGUGCAUGGCUCACUGAUGUGUGCCAAGAGAGAGAUGAAGUUAGGGAGAAGAAAAGUACCAAGAAGAGACGAGAUUAG